AUGGACGUGAACAUGGACGUGGACGUGGACGUGGACGUGGACGUGGACGUGGACAUGGACGUGGACGUGGACGUGGACGUGGACAUGGACAUGGACGUGGACGUGGACGUGGACGUGGACGUGGACAUGGACGUGGACAUGGACGUGGACGUGGACGUGGACAUGGACGUGGACAUGGACGUGGACGUGGACGUGGACAUGGACGUGGUUGUGGACGUGGACGUGGACAUGGACGUGGACGUGGACGUGGACGUGGACGUGGACGUGGACGUGGACGUGGACAUGGACGUGGACAUGGACGUGGACGUGGACGUGGACGUGGACGUGGACGGACGUGGACGUGGACAUGGACGUGGACAUGGACGUGGACGUGGACGUGGACAUGGACGUGGACGUGGACGUGGACGUGGACGUGGACGUGGACGUGGACGUGGACAUGGACGUGGACGUGGACGUGGGGACGUGGACGUGGACGUGGACGUGGACGUGGACGUGGACGUGGACGUGGACGUGGACGUGGACGUGGACGUGGACGUGGACGUGGACGUGGACAUGGACGUGGACGUGGACGUGGACGUGGACGUGGACGUGGACGUGGACGUGGACGUGGAGGACGUGGACGUGGACGUGGACGUGGACGUGGACGUGGGACGGGGACGUGGACGUGGACGGGACGUGGACUGGACAUGGACGUGGACGUGGACGUGGACGUGGACGUGGACGUGGACAUGGACAUGGACAUGGACGUGGACAUGGACGUGGACGUGGACGUGGACGUGGACGUGGACGUGGACGUGGACGUGGACGUGGACGUGGACGACGUGGACAUGGACGUGGACGUGGACGUGGACAUGGACGUGGACGUGGACGUGGACAUGGACGUGGACGUGGAUGUGGACGUGGACGUGGACGUGGACGUGGACGUGGACGUGGACGUGGACAUGGACGUGGACGUGGACGUGGACAUGGACAUGGACGUGGACGUGGACGUGGACGUGGACGUGGACAUGGACGUGGACGGUGACGGACGUGGACGUGGACAUGGACGUGGACAUGGACAUGGACGUGGACGUGGACGUGGACGUGGACAUGGACGUGGACGUGGACGUGGACAUGGACGUGGACGUGGACGUGGACGUGGACGUGGACAUGGACGUGGACGUGGACGUGGACGUGACGUGGACUGGACGUGGACGUGGACGUGGACGUGGACAUGGACAUGGACGUGGACGUGGACGUGGACAUGGACGUGGACGUGGACGUGGACGUGGACGUGGACGUGGACGUGGACGUGGACGUGGACAUGGACAUGGAUGGCGUGGACGUGGACGUGACGUGGACGUGGACAUGGACGUGGACGUGGACGUGGACAUGGACAUGGACGUGGACGUGGACGUGGACGUGGACGUGGACAUGGACGUGGACGUGGACGUGGACGUGGACUGGACGUGGACGUGGACGUGGACAUGGACGUGGACGUGGACGUGGACGUGGACAUGGACGUGGACGUGGACGUGGACAUGGACAUGGACGUGGACGUGGACGUGGACGUGGACAUGGACGUGGACAUGGACGUGGACAUGGACGUGGACAUGGACGUGGACAUGGACGUGGACAUGGACGUGGACGUGGACGUGGACGUGGACGUGGACAUGGACGUGGACGUGGACAUGGACGUGGACGUGGACGUGGACGGGAACGUGGACGUGGACGUGGACGUGGACGUGGACGUGGACGUGGACGUGGACGUGGACGUGGACGUGGACGUGGACGUGGACGUGGACGUGGACGUGGACGUGGACGUGGACGUGGACGUGGACGUGGACGUGGACGUGGACGUGGACGUGGACGAUGGACGUGGACGUGGACGUGGACGUGGACGUGGACGUGGACGUGGACGUGGACGUGGACGUGGACGUGGACGUGGACGUGGACGUGGACGUGGACGUGGACGUGGACGUGGACGUGGACAUGGACGUGGACGUGGACGUGGACGUGGACGUGGACGUGGACGUGGACGUGGACGUGGACAGUGGACGUGGACGUGGACAUGGACGUGGACGUGGACGUGGACGUGGACGUGGACAUGGACAUGGACUUGGACGUGGACGUGGACGUGGACAUGGACGUGGACAUGGACGUGGACGUGGACGUGGACGUGGACGUGGACGUGGACGUGGACGUGGACGUGGACGUGGACGUGGACAUGGACGUGGACGUGGACGUGGACAGGACGUGGACGUGGACGUGGACAUGGACGUGGACGUGGACGUGGACAUGGACGUGGACGUGGACGUGGACAUGGACGUGGACAUGGACGUGGACGUGGACGUGGACGUGGACGUGGACGUGGACAUGGACGUGGACGUGGACGUGGACGUGGACAUGGACAUGGACGUGGACGUGGACGUGGACGUGGACGUGGACAUGGACGUGGACAUGGACGUGGACGUGGACGUGGACAUGGACGUGGACAUGGACGUGGACGUGGACGUGGACAUGGACGUGGUUGUGGACGUGGACGUGGACAUGGACGUGGACGUGGACGUGGACGUGGACGUGGACGUGGACAUGGACAUGGACGUGGACGUGGACGUGGACGUGGACAUGGACGUGGACGUGGACGUGGACGUGGACGUGGACAUGGACGUGGACGUGGACGUGGACGUGGACGUGGACGUGGACGUGGACGGGACAUGGACGUGGACGUGGACGUGGACGUGGACGUGGACGUGGACGUGGACGUGGACGUGGACGUGGACGUGGACGUGGACGUGGACGUGGACAUGGACGUGGAUGGACGUGGACGUGGACGUGGACGUGGACAUGGACGUGGACAUGGACGUGGACGUGGACGUGGACAUGGACGUGGACGUGGACGUGGACGUGGACGUGGACGUGGACGUGGACGUGGACAUGGACGUGGACGUGGACGUGGACGUGGACGUGGACGUGGACGUGGACGUGGACGUGGACAUGGACGUGGACGUGGACGUGGACGUGGACGUGGACGUGGACGUGGACAUGGACGUGGACAUGGACGUGGACGUGGACGUGGACAUGGACGUGGACGUGGACGUGGACGUGGACGUGGACGUGGACAUGGACGUGGACAUGGACGUGGACGUGGACGUGGACGUGGACGUGGACGUGGACGUGGACGUGGACGUGGACGUGGACGUGGACAUGGACGUGGACGUGGACGUGGACAUGGACGUGGACGUGGACGUGGACAUGGACGUGGACGUGGACGUGGACAUGGACGUGGACGUGGACGUGGACGUGGACAUGGACCUGGACAUGGACGUGGACGUGGACGUGGACGUGGACUUGGACGUGGACGUGGACGUGGACGUGGACGUGGACAUGGACAUGGACGUGGACAUGGACGUGGACAUGGACGUGGACGUGGACGUGGACGAGACGUGGACGUGGACGUGGACGUGGACGUGGACGUGGACGUGGACGUGA